AUGACUCAAAUUGAGCGCCUCACAGAACGCCUGGAGAAGCCGGAGCUCGAUGAUCGGUCCUACCGUGUCAUUCGCUUGCCUAACAAGCUUGAGGCUCUUCUGGUGCACGACCCUGACACUGAUAAGGCUAGCGCCGCCGUCAACGUCAAUGUGGGCAACUUCUCCGAUGAGGAUGAUAUGCCAGGGAUGGCACAUGCGGUAGAGCACUUGCUGUUUAUGGGUACGAAAAAGUACCCCAAGGAGAACGACUACAACCAAUACCUAGCCGCCCAUUCCGGCUCUUCCAAUGCAUACACUGCUGCUACUGAAACGAACUACUUCUUUGAGGUAUCGGCCACUGGCGAUUCGAGUGCGCCCAAAUCCACUGGACAGAACACACCCACCGAAUCCACAAAUGGGACGAAUGGAGUUGUCGGUGAGGUCUCAUCCGACAGUGCUGGAAAAUCAGAUGGCAAGUCGCCACUAUAUGGCGCUCUAGACCGGUUUGCUCAGUUCUUUAUUUCACCUCUCUUCUUGGAGUCGACAUUAGACCGUGAGCUGAGGGCAGUGGAUUCAGAGAACAAAAAGAACCUCCAGAGCGACCUGUGGCGACUGAUGCAGCUGAACAAGUCACUUUCAAACCCUAAGCACCCUUACCAUCACUUCUCAACUGGUAACUUGCAGACACUGAAGGAGGACCCCCAGAAACGAGGACUGGAGGUGCGUAGUGAGUUCAUCCGGUUCUAUGAGAAGCACUACUCGGCGAACCGGGCCAAGCUGGUAGUUCUGGGCCGAGAGUCUUUGGACACGCUGGAGCAAUGGGUGGAGGAGUUGUUCGCCGAUGUCGAGAACAAGGAUCUGACCCAGAACCGCUGGGAUGAUGUGCAGCCCUUUUCUGAAGAGGAUAUGUGCACCCAGGUGUUUGCGAAGCCGGUCAUGGACUCUCGCUCCAUGGAUAUGUAUUUCCCAUUCAUUGAUGAAGAGAACCUGAACGACAUUCAGCCCAGCCGAUAUAUCAGCCACUUGAUCGGCCACGAAGGACCCGGUAGUGUUCUUUCCUACUUGAAGGGCAAGGGCUGGGCCAAUGGUCUCUCAGCCGGUGCUAUGCCAAUCUGCCCUGGCUCUGCCUUCUUCACCGUUUCGGUUCGUCUGACGCCCGAGGGUCUCAACCAAUACCAGGAGGUUGCCAAGGUAAUCUUUGAGUAUAUUGCCAUGAUCAAGGAGCGCGAGCCAGAGCAGUGGAUCUUCGACGAGAUGAAGAACCUGGCUGAAGUGGACUUCCGCUUCAAGCAGAAGACACCGGCCAGUCGUUUCACCAGCCGUCUCAGCAGUGUCAUGCAGAAGUCGUUACCUCACGAGAGGCUUCUCAGUGGAUCGCUGUUGCGCCGUUUUGAUCCCGAGCUGAUUAAGAAGGCCAUGUCUUAUCUCCGUACUGACAACUUCCGACUUAUCAUCGUUUCCCAGACCUUCCCUGGAACCUGGGACCAGAAAGAGAAGUGGUACGGUACUGAAUACAAGUCAGAGAAGAUUCCUCGGGACUUCUUGAACAAAAUUCAGGAUGCUUUGGAGUCGACCGAGGCGACUCGUACUUCUAACGUGCAUAUGCCACACCGAAACGAGUUUGUUCCCACAAGAUUGUCGGUGGAGAAGAAGGAAACUGAGGAGCCCGCGAAGACCCCCAAGCUGAUCCGCCACGAUGACCGUGUGCGCCUGUGGUUCAAAAAGGAUGACCGCUUCUGGGUUCCCAAGGCUACUAUUAACAUCACUCUGCGCAACCCCUUGGUUUGGGCGACUCCAGCGAACCUCAUCAAAACCAAGCUUUACUGCGAGUUGGUCCGGGAUUCCCUCGAUGAGUACUCUUACGAUGCAGAGCUUGCGGGACUGGAUUACCAUCUUGCAGCGAACAUCCUUGGUCUGGAUAUCUCCGUCGAUGGAUACAAUGACAAGAUGUCUGUUCUGCUGGAGAAGUUGCUCACUACCAUGCGUAACCUGUCCGUUAACCAGGACCGGUUCAACAUCAUCAAGGAACGCCUGACCCGGGCCUUCCGUAAUGCUGAGUACUCGCAGCCUUUCUAUCAGGUUGGCGACUAUACUCGUUACCUGCUGGCCGAGCGCAGCUGGGUUAACGAGCAGUACAUUGAGGAGUUGGAGCACAUUCAGGCCGGCGAUGUGACCACCUUCUUCCCUCAGCUGCUGGAGCAGACCCACAUCGAGGUCCUUGCCCACGGCAACCUGUACAAAGAAGAUGCUCUGCGCAUGACUGACUCUGUGGAGAAGACUCUACAGGGUCGUUCCCUGCCUCCGUCGCAGUGGUACCUGAGACGUAACAUGAUGAUUCCUCCAGGAAGCAACUUUGUCUACCCCCGGACUCUCCAGGACCCUGCUAACGUCAACCACUGUAUUGAGUACUAUCUCUUCAUCGGUGUCUUCUCGGAUUCCACCCUGCGUUCCAAGCUUCAGCUCUUCUCUCAGAUGACGGACGAGCCUGCAUUCGACCAGCUGCGCAGCAAGGAACAGCUCGGAUACGUCGUGUGGAGUGGCUCCCGUUACAACGCGACCACCAUGGGCUACCGUGUGAUCAUCCAGAGUGAGCGCAACGCCAAGUACCUCGAGUCUCGCAUUGAGUCAUUCCUGCGUAUAUUCGGAACUACCCUUGAGAACAUGCCCGAGGAAGAGUUUGAGGGCCACAAGCGCAGCGUCAUCAACAAGCGUCUGGAGAAGUUGAAGAACCUGGGCUCGGAGACCGGUCGUUACUGGUCUCACGUCGGCUCGGAGUACUUUGACUUCUUGCAGCACGAGACUGACGCGGCCAACGUGCGCAACCUGUCCAAGGCUGACCUGGUUGCCUUCUACCGUCAGUACAUUGAUCCCGCCUCGAAGACGCGAGCCAAGCUGGCGAUUCAUCUGAAUGCGCAGUCCGGUACCCAAGCUGCUGAGAGCGACAGCUCGGAUGAGAAGUGCGCCCGUCUGGUCGAGAUCGUCGACAAGCAGCUUUCGGCUGCUGGUUUCACCUCGGACAACACUCAGCUGCAGACGGCAUUCAAGGAUCUGGACCUGACCCUGAUUGAUCAGCCACAAAUCGUGUAUAUGGUCAAGGCUUACAUGGCCGGAGAUCUCAGUCUGUCGCCGGCCCAGAUCGACCCUGUGAUUGGGAAACUGGAGAGCACCUUGGGCCUGCAGCUGAAGCAGCUCGGCCUGGCGAAGGACGAGCCUACCAAUGGUGACGUGCUUACUCCGGAGCCCGUCGUCAUCACGGACGUAUCCGUCUUCAAGGCUCGUCUGCCUGUCAGUACUGGUCCUGUUGCUGUGUCUGAUAUCACCGAGUUUGAGGACUUUGAUGCGAAGCUGUGA